AUGGAACAUCCUCCAAAAUCUCAUGAUAAGAUUUUAUUCAAUCGUAUACAAGGCUCUUUGAUAGGCUUAGCGUUAGGUGAUGCACUUGGCGCUCGUGUAGAAUUUAGACCUCGUGAAUAUUUACUUAAACAUCCUGUGACUGAUCUUCAAGCCGGAGGAACGUGGGGUCUCAAAAAAGGACAGUUCACUGACGAUACAUCCAUGGCUCUUUGUUUAGCAAGUUCUUUAAUCGUCUGUAGGAAUUUUCAGCCAUAUGACCAAUUAGUACGUUAUAAAUGGUGGUAUAGAUGCGGUUAUAUGUCAUCUACUGGUCAAUGCUUUGAUAUAGGUACUGCUACUGGUAAAUCACUGCGUGAAUUCGAACGACGCCAAAAUAGCUUUGUCAAAGAAAAAAACAUUUCGCCCGACGACAUGGAUCUUUUCUCUGACCAAGAUAUCUUAAGACAGUUCGAUGUAAAUUGCAGUAACGAUCAAUCAGCUGGUAACGGAGGUCUUAUGCGUCUUGCACCUGUGCCACUCUUUUUUUAUAAAGAUCCGAGUAGAGCCGUAGAAUAUUCUGGCAUUAGUGCUAGGAUAACUCAUGGAGAUGUAAGAGUCUAUGAUGCAUGUCGAUUUUAUGGAGCACUCAUUGUAGCUGCUCUUAACGGUGAGAAAAAAGAUGAUUUGUUGAGUCCAAAUUUUUAUCAAAAUCACAAAACAUGGUUCAGUGAUAAACCAUUUCAUACAGACAUUCAGAAAAUUGUCGAAGGAUCAUAUAAGAAGAAGAAAGCUGGCUAUGAAGAUGGAAUUCGAGGAAAAGGUUUUAUUGUUAAUAGUCUUGAAGCUGCUUUAUGGGCUUUUUGCUUUGAUGACGAUUCAUUUCGAAAUGGUAUCUUGGCUGCUGUUAAUCUUGGUGAUGAUGCUGAUACAACAGCUGCUAUUUAUGGUCAGUUAGCUGGUGCUUAUUAUGGUUAUAAUGAUUUACCUCGACAAUGGGUCAAACAUGUCUAUGCUAAAGAUUUUAUUACGUGCUUAAGUGAAUGGAUUCUUUAUGAGGGACAAAUAUGGUUUCAAAAGAACCAAUCAACUUUGACAAACUCUGAUUCAUCUUCUGGAAAUCAGUCUAAUACUAUUAAUCUCAAAAAUCUUUCUUCAGAAGAAGUACAUGAUUAA